AUGUCCAACAGACCAAAACCAUUAGUUUUCGAAGGUGCUAAAAACUUUCGUCUACGAUUAAUUUUAUCUACAUUAUCAGGUAAACCUAUUAAAAUCACUAAAAUACGUCCAGAUGAUCAACAUGUUGGUAUAAGAGAUGAAGAAGCAUCCUUUUUAAGAUUAUUAUCCCGUGUGACUAACGGUGCUCAUAUCCAAGUUGGUCAAACUGGUACUUCUGUUAUUUAUUAUCCAGGUAUAAUUACAGGUGGUGAACGUAUUCAUCCAUGUGCAACAACUUCAUCAAAACCAGUUGGUUAUUAUUUAGAACCAUUAUUAUAUAUUGCACCUUUCUCCAAAGAAAAAUUUUCAAUAAAAUUACAAGGUAUAACUGCAUCAAAAGAAGAUGCUGGUGUUGAAGCUAUAAGAUUAGGAUUAUUACCAAUUAUGGAAAAAUUUGGUAUUAGAGAUCCUUCAUUACAUAUAUUGAAAAGAGGUUCACCUCCAAAUGGUGGUGGUGAAGUACAUUUCCUAGUGGAUAGUACUGCAUUACAACCACUAACGAUGCAUGCUAUUGAUAUUCCAAAAAUUUCAGCUAUAAGAGGUGUUGCAUAUUGUACAAGAGUUUCUCCAUCAAUAGUAAAUAGAAUGAUUGAUGCUGCAAGAAAUGUCUUAAGACCUAUUGGUGUUGAAGUUGAUAUAACUGCUGAUGUUUGGAGAGGUGAAAAUGCAGGUAAAAGUCCAGGUUUUGGUUUAACUUUAGUUGCUGAAAGUAAAAAAGGUUGGAAUUUUUUCGCUGAAGAUAUUGGUGGUGCAGGUGAAGUACCUGAAGAUAUUGGUACAAAAGUUGCAUAUGAAUUAAUUGAAGAAAUUUCUAAAGCUGGUGUUGUUGGUAGAUCUCAAUUAUCUUUAGCUCUUGUAUAUAUGGUUUUAGGUAAAGAAGAUAUUGGAAGAUUAAGAAUUAAUAAAGAACAAAUUGAUGAAGAUUUAAUUUAUUUAUUAAGAGAUAUUAAAACUAUAUUUGGUACUGAAAUUUAUUUAAAAGAAGUUGAUGAUGAUGAUUCAGGUGAUUUUAUUGCUACAGUUAAAGGUACAAAUUUCUUGAAUCCAAAUAAAAAGAUGUGA